AUGAAGAAAGACUACCUGGAAUUGCAGUUAGAAGACCCAAUUGGCGAUGCUAUCUCCAGGAUUCAGUUCGCCCCUAACUGUAGCAAUCUACUCAUAUCUUCAUGGGACUCCAGCCUUCGCUUAUACGACGUGGACAAUUCUGUGCUUAGAUUAGAAGCCCCUUCAGAAGCGGCGCUUCUGGAUUGUUGUUUCCAGGACGACUUGGUUGCUUUCGCCGCUGGUUCUGAUGGAUUAAUUCGAAGGUAUAACUUGCAUUUGGGAAUUAUUGAUAGAAUGGGCAAUCAUGACGAUGUAGCAACAUGCGUUGGAUAUGCCAAUGAAAUAUGUCAGUUGAUCACUGCCGGAUUUGAUAAGUUAUUGUUGUGGGAUAUUCGUAUGGAGAAGGCUCCUUCAUGCUCAAAAAUUCUAGGCGCAGAGGUGAACUCCAUGUCUGUCUCUAGGUUGAAUCUGACGGUUGGAAUAGGAACAUCAGUGCAUAUCUAUGAUCUUCGUUAUUUUGACAAACCAGUUGCAUCAAGUGAACCACACAAAGGCACACAGAUUAGAUGUGUUAGUUCAAUUCCUUACACAAGAGGAUUUGCAGUUGGGUCGGUAGAUGGGAGGGUAGCAUUGCAGAUUUCUGAUUCUUCUAGUUCAAAUGACAUUGAAUUUAUAUUCCGGUGUAAUCCUAAAUCGAUGGAUGGAAGACAUCAUUUGGCAUCAGUUAAUGACAUUAUAUUCAGUCCACUUGUUCAAGGUGCUUUUGCCACUGGUGACAAUGAAGGUUAUGUGAUUUUAUGGGAUGCUAGUAGUAGAAAAAGACUCAUUGAGUUACCUAAAUACCCGAAUAGUGUGGCAUCCUUGUCAUACAACCACGUGGGACAGCUUUUGGCUGUGGCUUCAAGUUACACAUACCAAGAAGCAAAUGAGAUAGAAGAACCUCCUCGUAUCUUCAUUCACAAUACGGACAACAUCAGUAUUAGAUCAGUUUCUGCCAGCAAUUCUGCUAGUAGAAGCUGUGAAGGGUUUACUUGGGAAUUGAUUCACUCACUAGCUUCAGUCGAGUCACUUCCUAGAUCUAGCUCAAGAAACCAGGCUGCGAAUCAUCUCCCCUUCCUCAUAAAAUCGCGAUUACCCUGUUCUACCAGGUUCUCUGCUUCUUGUCUCGGCUCUCUCUCUCUCUCUCUCUAUCACUCUUUUCUCUCUCUGGUUUUAGGCGGAGCCAUGUCGGACGAGGAGCAUCAUUUCGAGUCCAAAGCCGAUGCCGGAGCUUCGAAGACCUUCCCUCAGCAGGCCGGUACCAUCCGUAAGAACGGUUACAUUGUGAUCAAAAACAGGCCCUGCAAGGUUGUGGAGGUUUCAACUUCCAAGACUGGCAAGCAUGGGCAUGCGAAGUGUCACUUUGUUGGCAUCGACAUUUUUACUGGGAAAAAGCUGGAAGAUAUUGUUCCUUCUUCACACAACUGUGAUGUCCCACAUGUCAACCGCACUGAUUACCAGCUGAUUGAUAUCUCAGAGGAUGGAUUUGUGAGUCUGCUGACUGACUCUGGUGGUACCAAGGACGAUCUGAGGCUUCCAACUGAUGAAAAUCUGCUUACACAGAUCAAGGAUGGCUUUGCUGAGGGUAAAGAUCUGGUUGUGAGUGUUAUGUCUGCCAUGGGUGAGGAGCAGAUUUGUGCCCUGAAGGAUAUUGGCCCCAAGUGAUGGUUGUGUCAGUUGAAUGCUGGAAGGGUCAGGUUGGAAUUGGGAUAAUUUAGUAUUUUUGGUUAUCUUUUGUGAGUUAGUCUAUUGAAUUAAACAGACUUUGAAGUUUGAACCAUUCAUGGAAGAUGUGGUUAGAAGUAUGGGAUGGGUUUGUUUAGGAGUCUGCAGUCUAUAAUUUCUUAUGUUAGAUCAGUCCCUGAACCUCUUAAACUGUUCCAUGAUGUGAGUAAGAGCUAUGUUGGCAAGAAUGUAAUGUUUAUACGACUCCUUAGCACCUAUUUACGCCAAGUCUUUCUCGUGUGUUACCAUUACUUGCAGCUAUGACUUCUUGCUUUGGUUAAGAGUAAUGAUAGCUUAUUCAUAUU